CUACCUAUACUUGCUAAUUUUCUUCUAUUUUGACACUUAUUUGAAAUAUGUACGAUAUUUUUACUGAUGAUUUUGAAACUUUUAUUAAUAGUUGGUGGCCAUAUAUUCUCUCUAUAUGCAUCAGUAUUAUUUAUGCAAUAAGGUUCUACGUUGGUGGUGUUGAUUGCGUUAGCAGAAAUAGAAUUGAUGAUAAAAUAAUUAUUAUUACAGGCAGUACUAGCGGUAUAGGAUUAGAAACAGCAAAAGAUCUUAUAUCUCGAGGUGGACAUGUUAUUCUUGCUGUAAGAAAUAUCGAUAAAGCUAAUAAAAUAUUCGAGGGAAUCAAGAAGAAAAAUGAAAAAUUUAAAAUAUCUGUAAUACAACUUGACAUAUCUGAUUUUUUUAGUAUACAAAGCUUUGCGAAACGCAUUAUAGAAGAGUACGAAAAAAUCGAUGUUUUAAUCAAUAAUGCUGCAGUUAUAUUUCAACCGUUUCAAAAGACAGCUGAAGGAAAUGAAUUAACUCUUGUUACCAAUUAUUUAGGUCCAUUUUUACUAACCCAUCUUCUACUGCCUCUUUUAAACAAAUCCACUAAUGGAAGAAUCAUUAAUGUUUCUGCUGUAGCACACUUUACAGGGAAAUUAAAACUGGAUAAUUUGAAUAUGGAAAAGAAUUUUAACGAAAAAGACGCAUUUGCGCAAAGCAAAUUAGCUCUGACUAUCUUUACUAGAUAUUUAGCCUCAUUGCUAAGCAAAACAAAAAUAACCUGUAAUUCUGUCUGUCCCGGCCUGGUAAGAGGAACAGGACAUUUAAGAAAUAUAUUUCUAAAUGGAAACAAAUGGUCUAAAAUAUAUUUAUGGCCUUGGAUAUGGCUAUUUUUGAAAACACCCAAACAAGGAAGUCAAAAUAUUGUCUAUCUUGCUGUCGAACCUAGCCUAUCUGAUAUAACAGGAUGUUAUUUUAGUGAUUGUGAAAUUAAAAACCCCGCAGAAAAUGUCAAAGACGUUAAAUUAGCCCAGGCAUUAUACAGUAGGUCUUGCUCUAUAGUAAACAUCAAUGGCAAGAAGUUAAUUGACUCACUGAUAUGCCCUGAGAAAUCUAACAACAAUCAUGACUUAGGUGAUGGUGAUAAUGAUUUCUAAACUCCCAAAAUAUUGAAACAGAAUCU